GAUGAAAUUGCUAGAGUGAAUGGUGAUGAUGUCACGAUGCGAUCAAUUGAAGAGUCCUUAUCUAAGCUAACCAAUGAGGUUAUAUUUGAUGUAUACAAGUGCACUCCUAGCUCUCCUCCAAGCCACACCCUCUCUCCCCCGCCCACUUAUUUCUCCGACACAACCUCACCCACUCCUCCCUCCAGCUCCUUCUCUCCUCCUCCUCCUCUCAUCCUGUUUUUAACCCUUGACACCAAAGAAGACGACCCACCUGAUAAAGAUAUUUUAUUUUGCUACCCAUCCCGUGGGUGUCAUCAUUUUUUAGAUCAAAUAGUAUCACUACGAGGAGCUUUUUUAACCCUCUCCAAUCUAAUACCGACCAUCUCUUCAUCUCUAUCAUAUACUACCAGUUCAGUGCUGGUAGUGGAUGGUGAAUUAUGUUACAUUUCAGGACAUUUAGUUGGUAAAGAAUUGUUACUAAUAGCACAGACUGGAGUGAGUAAUUAUCAAGUUGAGCUGGUACUUGAUUCGUUAGUUGAAUGUUUGGAAUUAGUUUAUGGAGACUUGAUGAGUGCAUUUAAAAGUGAUUCCAGUACAUUGUCUGGUGUGCUCUCCUCCAUUUUAUCUUUCUCUUCUUCCCCUUCACCUAAUUCAUUUCUAUUUCCUGCCCUUCAACAAUUACCACUGUCAAUCAAAACUGCCGCUCAAAUCAGUUCCCACCUCAAUCAAAUAGACGCUGCUAGUUACUCUCCGCCCCUCCUCUCUCCCCCUGGCUCCUCCCCCUCUCUCCUCUCUCCUCUCGGCUCCUGUCUCUUCUACAAAGGAUACUUAGUUUCCAGUCACCUCACCCUCCAGCUGCUGAGAGCCGCUCAUCUUGUUUGUGUUUGUUUCGUAACUCGACAGCCGUUAACCGAGUUGACUUCAGUUUGGAAGCAAAUAUAUUUAAAGGAGGAGAGUCAAAGUGAUGCUAACUUAUUUGUACUAGCUAUUGGAAUGGUACGUUAUAGCUAUUGGAAUAUAAAUAUUAUUUGA